AGCCCAUUGCUUUCCACUGGAAUCCAAAGGUCUAGAAGGACUGAGACUUGGCUUUCAGGUCUGAGAUUUGGCUUUCGAUGGAUUCGCCAACGAAGCUUUACCCAUCCUGUGGCCCGGAACCUUCUCAGAUGGCCAGUGAAGAAAAUUCCCAGGGAGGCUCAGCUGCCUCUCAAACCAUCUCCGAAGUAUUAAUAAAGAACCUUAGUCAAUUGACUCUCGACCCUAGUAUCAAACUUCCUUCCCCUCUACCAGAAUAUCCACCCCAACAGCAGGACACAGAGACGAAACCACAGGGACUUGUGGACCGAAUACUCAGCAACAGGAGGAGGGGUGGAGUAAGGACUUUGUUAACUGCUCGGAAAGAAAGGAUGGAAAGGCUGAUGUGGUUUAUUAAAAAUCAUCGCUACUUCAACCAGCGUGCCACGGAUGAAUCCAGAGUAGAAAGAUUUAGAUGUAGAUGUCAUUAUUGCCUGUAUCAUAGACCUCCCGAGGAUACCAGCAUGGAGAAUAAUUAUGACAUGGAGUCUAUGUAAACAUAAACCUUAUUAUAUGGUGUUUUCCUUGCUAGUAAUUUUAGAAUCAUGCAGCACGUUGGGAAGGCUGCUCUAUUAUAGACAAAGUAUAAUAUUUUGAUAAUCUAUAUUAGCUCUGUCUUUUCUACCUUGAUGAUAAUAAUUUGUGAGGAAUCCGGUGUUUUGCAUUUGAGUGACCUCAAUAUACUUUAGUUCCACUUUUUGAUAGGACCCAAGGAAACACUAGUGGGUUUUGAGUGUAGCCUGGGUGUUUGAGAAACCUGAAGUCAUGAAGAUCGGUUAACCUAACAUGGGGCUCCUGGGUGACUCAGUUGGGUUAAGCAUCCGACUAGAGCUCUGAAGAGUAGGGUUCUGUGCUGGCA